CUGCUUUGCUCUCCUGUUAAGUUUAUGGAGACGCUGGAAUCUGGUUCUAUUUAUUGGAAAUGUGCGUAACCUAGGAAAUGAAUGGCAGAGUGGAGCCUGAAACACUAACAUAAAGUGGAUUGAGAUGAAUUGUUAUGACCGAAGAUUGCGGAAAACUGGGCCUCAACGGGAGAACAGCAGAAAUGAUUUAGUUUCUCCUCCAACACGUUCAAGAGUCAAUGGCUGGACCUUACCUCUACAUUCCUUCCAGCUGAUUGCUUUCGUGCUUUAUUUCUACCUGGCAGUCGUUGCCUUUGGGAUUUACAUACCAAUGUUGCCAUAUGCUUGGAAAAAUGCUGGUUAUGCUAUAAUUGGCCUGUUGUUUGUGUAUCAUUUCAUUGUCCACCUGGUUGCUGUCUCCAUUGACCCAGCAGACAACAGUGUUCGUACCAGAAAAAACUACAAUGCUCCCAUGCCAACACUUGAUCGAGCCAAGCAUCCCCAUGUCAUCCAGAACCAGCACUGCUACCUGUGUGAAGUGGAAGUGGGAGUGAAAGCCAAACACUGCAGCACUUGUAACAAAUGCAUUUCUGAUUUUGAUCAUCAUUGCAAGUGGCUGAACAACUGUGUCGGAGGACGAAACUACUGGUUUUUCUUCCAUACGGUGGUGUCAGCUGUUCUCGGUAUCCUGAUGGUUGUACUCGUUAUCCUUUAUGUUUUCAUCCAGCAGUUUGUAAAUCCAGAGGAACUUCGCACAGCUCCUCAGUUUGAAAAGGUUCGAGGAAACAACACAUGGUUGGUGUUUCUGCCCAUUGCUCCCGUGGAGACAACGCAGGCUGGAAUUUUAGUCAUAGCGGGAAUCACCAUUUUCCUCGGCCUCGCUUCACUGAUGUUACUUGGUCAUCUACUGGGCUUUCACAUUUAUCUGUUGUUCAACAAGUUAAGUACAUAUGAAUAUGUUGUACGGGAGCGUCACAUCCAGGAUGCCCGAGACCAUGGGAACAAUGCCGAGUCUGCACAGACUGCGUCCACUAGGAUGACCGCUCUUCAGGGUCUACCUACAGCAAAGUCUCAGCCAGAAAUAGAACUUGCUGCAUCCUCCAGGUUAAGUGCUUUGAAGUAUCAAGACCAAGGUCCAGUUACUAACAGACUGUCCAACAGCAUCUGUUUGGAGACUUCGAGUGUUUCCACAGCUACAAACACCUCUCACAGUGGGCAGGCUCUAAAUAAAAGACCUAAAAGUGGUUUCAAAGGAGACAGUCACAUUGAUGAGACUAAAUUCACUUCUGAGAGAAUAUCAACUGCAAGCUCUAUUCCUGAACCACUGGAGAACUCGGAAGUAACGUUACAGACUGCUCGUAAGAGCUUUCAGGAGUCUCACCGACGAAGUCUUGAGUCCAUAGAAGAGAUCCCAGUGGUACAAAACCCUCUUGGUAGUGCUGCUAUGGACAGUGGAUGCAGGGAAGGGACAGGCAAUACAGAGAAGUGCUUAGAUGCAUCCAAUCAAAGUGUGCUUCUAGACGACAUUCCGAGCUUGCUGGUAAAUCCAAGAGACUCUGCACAGUUGUCUGUGAAAGGUGCGAACCAACAACCAGCAAGGACUUCUUUAGUCAAACAGGAUGUAGAGACAGCUCAACAGAGGCACAGCCAGUUAUCCCAGCAGUCCAGCAUUGUUGGGCAGAAUACUAUGUCAGUGUAAAUUGAAGGCCUUUACUUAAUUGUACUAAAGUUUUGAAAUAUAAAAAUGGAUCGAAUCCACCAAGCUUACUCGAACUUCAUAUGAUUGGCAAGCAAUCGACAGCAUCAUCAACCGGUUGCGUUUCAGACAGAUGUGGAAUCUCUGGGAGCGGAGCUAUUUGCGUUGUGUCCCUGAUGUUUUGUCCUGGUGACAUGAUGGACUUCAUCUAACGAUAAUGAUGAAAAGAGUGAUUUAUAGAAGAAAGCAAUCUGACUAAUGUAAACAAUUCAGACCCCCAAAAUUCUGUGGGGUCCCCUCAAUUGACAUAGAUGGAGCACCCCCUCAUCACCCCCGGUGCCCCUCACCGCCCCUUGGUAGUGACCCAACCUCAAAAUGGAGACCCU